GAACUGGAAUCACACUAUACAUCCACUGAGCAAACAAGCCUAUUUGGUUUCUGUCUACUUUCCUUUGGACAUUUUUGCUUCCUUCUCAUUAGAAUUUGCUCUGUGAGAAUAAUCAUGACAUUGGCUUUGCUUUGUGGGUUUAUUGGAAGAUUAGAUGUGAGAAAUAAUGAUUGCAAGCUACUGGCAGCACCUGGUGUAGCCAACCUUAAGUACAUGGAGAAACAUUUGUUUGAAACAGGACCUUCUGGAAGAGUUCCCAUGUGGGUGUCACAAAAGCCUUUCUUUUGCUACCCUGUACGGUAAAUAGCUUAUCUUACUUACGUUCAAUAAGUCCUAUUGCCUGGGAAUUUAGCGCUGGUCCUAGCUCAGCACCAAUCGUGAAGGGCCACAUGGAUGGGGAGUGUCAGUAUAAAGAAGGCAGGCAACAGGUUAUGUUCCCAUACUGGGCAGAAGAGGAAGAAGGCUCUGGGUUCUUCUCUUAAGUUGCAUGGAGAGGCUGCAGGUUGCAGAAUGACCUGCAAGCCUCAUUCUAUGAAAAGGAUGGUGGGCUGUGACUUGCUGUGGCUGGCUGUGGCCUUCUGCAUUCUAACACUGGUAUCUCCAUCUACAACACAGCAAGAUUAUGGAAGCCUCAGAGACAGCAACUUCGACAGGCUGAAUUUUGACUGUGGAGCUCCUGACACUCCAGAUGCUGGCGUCUGCUUUGACCCCUGCCAGAAUUACACCAUCCUGGACGAUCCCUCCAGAAGCACAGAGAACAAGGUGGAAUCAGACGAGUGUGAUGAUCAGCUGCACGGCUGGUACCGUUUUGUGGGAGAAGGAGGGGUGAAGAUGCCAGAGACCUGUGUGGAUAUAUAUAGGUGCCACACCUUUUCUCCCAUGUGGCUGAAUGGAUCGCACCCCAUUCUUGGCGAUGGCAUUGUCAGCCGCACAGCCUGUGCCCACUGGAAUGAAAAUUGUUGCUUCUGGAGUUCUGAGGUUCAGGUGAAGGCCUGCUCAGAAGAAUCGGGACACUAUCAUGUGUACAGGUUCCAGGGUACCCCUGAGUGCAGUCUGAGAUACUGCACAGCACCGAAAGACCCCUCCACUGCACUAAAGAACUGUGAGGUUCCUUGUCGUCCUGAGGAGGAAUGUGUAUUCCAAGAUGACUACUGGGCCUGUGUCUGUAGGCAGGGACUCAAUAUUUCUGAUACUCAGAGUUUGGAGCCUCAGCUGGACUGUGGAGCCAAUGAGAUCAAGGUGAAGCUAGACAAAUGUUUGCUGGGAGGUCUGGGUUUCAAAGAAGAGAUCGUUGCCUACCUGAAUGACAGGAACUGCAGCAGGAUCAUGCAAAAUGAGCCCAACAACUGGGUGUCCAUGACUAUCCCUGUUGUGGCUAGUCAUUGUGGGAACAUUCUGGAGAGCAACAGGACCUAUGCCAUCUACACAAAUACUCUUUUCUUGGCCACUGAUUUCAUCAUCAGGGAUUUCCUUGUCAAUGUCAAUUUCCAGUGCGCCUACCCACUGGACAUGAAGAUAAGCCUUGAAACUGCACUCCAGCCCAUUGUAAGUUCCCUGAAUAUUGAUGUGGGUGGGGCAGGAGAGUUCACUGUCAGGAUGGCCCUCUUUCAAGACCAGAGCUACACACAGCCAUAUGAAGGGGCCAAAGUGGUACUUCCCGUGGAGUCUAUGCUCUAUGUGGGUGCCAUCUUGGAGAGAGGAGAUACUUCCAAGUUCAAGCUGUUGUUGAAGAAUUGCUAUGCCACCCCUUCAGAAGACAGAAAUGACCCCCUCAAGUAUUUCAUCAUCAGAAACAGCUGCCCAAAUCAACGUGAUUCCACCAUCAGCAUAGAGGAGAAUGGGGUGUCCUCAGAGAGUCGAUUCUCUGUACAGAUGUUUAUGUUUGCUGGAAAUUAUGACCUAGUUUUCCUGCAUUGUGAAGUUUACCUGUGUGACUCCACUCAUGAGCAGUGUAAACCACUUUGCUCUACAAGUCGACUCCGCAGUAAUGGACCAGCCAUUAACUUAGCUCGAGUUCUAGACUUAGGACCCAUCACUAAGAGAGGUGCUCAGACUCUUGAUGCCUCAAAUGGGACUCCCAGCACUGCAGGUACAUGGAUUUUUUUAUGCUUUUCUCACAGCACUGCCAAAUCUCUCCAAACCUUUGGACAUCUGUGCAUCUCCUUCAGUAUGCUAGGCCCUGUGUUGGGAAACACUGGGAGUGAAUGGGGCUAACCCAAGAGUGGUUUUAUAAUCUAGCAGAGGAGACCUUUGCUUAACAGGAAGUAUUAACCAAGUAUGACUGUGUGCCAGUUACUGUUCCAGGAACUGGUAAUAUGAUGCUGAUCAAAACAGGAUAGGUGCCUGCCCUCAUAGAGCUAAUGUUCCAGGAUGCAAAAUAGAAAAUAAAGAGCAAAAAAUAAUUUAAUUAGCAAUAAAACAUGGAUGGUGUGAUAGGAAGUUACAGACAUAAGUAACAAAGUCUUAAGUUAGAGAGUUUAUUUCUCUAACACAUAAGUGAAAUCUGAUGUGUAAGAAAAUUCAUGAUUGAGAAAUCAAUCAAAGAUUCAGGUGCCUUCCAGCUUGUUCUUUCAGGUGAGGUCAUUAUUUUUAUGGUCCAAGAUAACAACCAGGCAUCAGGGAAGAGGAACAUGAAGAAAGCCAAUGAGUGUUACGGAACAGUCUGGCAGCUGGCACCUAACACCUCCAUCGAUAUAUCAUUGUUUAUUAUCUAGCUAUAUGGCCACACUUGCCUGCAAAACAACCUGGGAAAUGAAAUCUCUGCCUUGGAUGGCCAUGUGCCCAAACAAUGUUUGAUGAUUUCAUGAUCCAAGUAGGAAGAGAACAUGAAUCAGAAGAACUGUUAGAGGGAAUGAUAUUUGCCUUGGAGAGAAAAACCCCUCUAGACCAGAA